AUGCCGUCCAUCCUCCUGCAGAACCUGGAGAUGAACUCCUCGGAACAGCUAGGUCCCUGGCUGAACAGCAGCACAUGGCCACUCAUCAAAUCAUCAAGUUUAGGGAUGUCCUGCUUCAUGAUGAUAUUUGGCGCCAUCUCCAACCUGACAGCUCUGGGCAUCCUGGCUAAGACCCGUGUCCGAUUCCGCCGCCAAUCCAAAUCACCAUUUCUGCUACUAACAGGGGCUUUGCUUUUGGCUAACCUUGCAGGUCAUGUGAUCCCAGGCGCGUUUGCUUUGUAUCUGCAUAUGGGUCAGAGGCAUAAAAUACAAGUCAGCAAGCCCACCAAAGAAUUCUGUCAGGUCUUUGGGGCAAGUAUGGUGUUUUUUGGCUUAUGCUCUUUACUGUUGGGUUGUGCCAUGGCAGUGGAGCGCUGUGUGGCCAUCACCCAGCCCUUUUUCCACGCUGCUAUGGUCACAUUGGGUCAUGUGUGGCGAGUUGUGUUAUUCAUGUCCUCUCUUGCACUUAUUCUGGCAAUUCUACCUUUAUUUGCGGUGGGGACCUACACGGCUCAGUCUCCUGGUACAUGGUGUUUCUUGCCUAUUCAUGGCCCAAAGUCUACAGCCGACACCAAUUUGGCUCUGGCCUUCUCAUGUCUGGGCCUCACUGCCCUCACCUUUUCCCUACUUUGCAACAUCCUGAGUGGCCUGGCAUUGCUGCAAGCCAGAAUGAAGUCCCACAAUGGUAAUACAGAAUCAGCAGCUCGCUGCACUCGUCGUGCAUCGUCUACGUCUUCCUCGUUGUUUUGUUCGUUGGAUGUGGAGAUGAUGGUGCAACUGGCAGUGAUCACUGUGGUUUCCUGUGUAUGCUGGAGCCCCUUUCUUAUCCACAUUCUUGUGAUGCAGUUCAACCAAAGAAACUCAACCCAUGAGAAAGAUGGGUUCAUUCUUCUGUGCUUACGCAUGGCCUCAUGGAAUCAGAUAUUGGACCCUUGGGUUUACAUCUUAAUGAGAAAGGCAGUGCUUCUCAGAGUUUCUUGUGCUUCUGACCCACAGUGA